GAAGUUGUGAAACUGGCCAGACUCUUCCUUAUGUCACACAUAGCCUACGAAAUCUCGUCUAGUUCAUAAAACAAGUCAGUUUGGUAAACCUUUACCCAAACCAUAUACAAGUGCAACGUCACGCAAAUAGAACGCUUCCGACGCGUUCGAGAAUCUCGCGUCGCGUCUCUGUCAGUAGUGUAGAUGUGGCGUUACUGUAUUGCUUAAAAGCUUGUAAUAGGAUUCCGGUUUAAUCUCUUCGCGAGGCUUAGAUCAGGUGCGCUUUAUCAGUUUGGUUUGCUUGGUUAUUGUUGUCCCACUCGUUGAGAGUGUUUAGUUGGCUUACUGCUCGAUGAUGUAGAGGCGGGUUCAUACAUUAUCUGUUCAUAAGGCGUGUUCUUUGUCCGCGCGUGUAUAAUAGUAACCCGCGAGGGGAAGCUGAACUUCGCUUCUUGAGCUCGCAGGUUCCGGAGAGUGUGUGUUCAAGUUCGGCUAUAGCUAUUUACGCUUCGUGUCAAGACAAUGGCUGAAAAGAGUGGAAAACCAGCAUUUGACAAACCUAAGGUUGAGCUACACGUGCAUCUUGAUGGUGCUAUUCGAAUAAAGACCAUUGUGGAUGUAGCAAAGCGGCGGGGAAUCACUCUACCUGCGAGCAGUGAAGAGGAAAUGAGACAGUUGUGCGUAGUCCAUGAGCCGACCACACUCACAGAAUUCCUUGGCAAGUUCAGUCACUUCAUGCAUGCCAUUGCAGGGGACAGAGAGGCCAUCAAGAGAAUAGCUUAUGAGUUUGUAGAGACAAAAGCCAAAGAGGGAGUGAUCUAUGUUGAAGCCAGAUACUGCCCUCAUCUACUGGCCAACAAGGGAGUGGAUCCUCUAGAAUGGGAACAAAAACCAGGAGACAUCACUCCCGAUGUGGUGGUGGACCUGGUGAACCAGGGAUUUAAGGAGGGAGAGAAGGCCUUCAAAACCAAAGCCAGGUCCAUUCUGUGCUGCAUGCGCCACAAGCCAAAUUGGUCUAUGGAAGUGGUUGAGCUGUGUAAGAAGUAUUGUAAAGAUGGAGUUGUGGCUAUAGACCUAGCAGGAGAUGAAUCCCUCGACUGUGAGGCGUACCCAGGACACAGGAGAGCAUUUGAGGAAGCAGUCAGAAGUGAGGUGCACAGAACUGUGCAUGCGGGAGAAGUGGGCUCUGCCAGUGUGGUGAAGGAGGCUGUGGACGUUCUGAAAGCAGAACGCAUUGGACAUGGAUACCACACGCUUGAAGAUCCAGUGCUGUACAAACAACUGCUCCAACAAAACAUGCAUUUUGAGAUGUGCCCUGUCUCUAGCAGACUGACAGGAGCCUGUGACCCAGACUUCACUAAACAUCCUCUCAUCACAUUCAAGAAGGACAAAGCUAACUACUCCUUGAACACAGAUGAUCCUACCAUCUUUGACUCCACCAUUAACUCUGACUAUCAGGUGGUGCAGCAAUACAUGGACUUCACUGAAGAAGAAUUCAAGAGACUGAAUAUAAAUGCAGCCAAGUCCUGCUUCCUUCCUGAGGACGAGAAGAAGGAGCUUCUUGAUCAACUCUAUAAGGCCUAUGACAUGCUGGAAAGCACCAGCUUUUGAGCGCAGCACUGUUGUAAACAAUUUUGCAGCGAACAGAGCCUUGAGACAUUUGCCUUUUCACAAGUGAAUGUGGGUCCUGAUUCCUUGAAACCUGGAGAUCUCAUACAAUUUAAUAUUUACACAAAAAUAAUAAAGACCAUAAAUACAAAGAUUUAACUUUAGACUUGCUGUUUGUCAAAAUAUAUGUUACAUGUGUCAUUUAGCUACUGUACAUUUCAUUAACCACUGUUAUAGCAAUACUGAUUUUCACCAAAUGCUGUUGCCUUUCAACUACAUUAACAUUUUUCCUCAGGUAUUGUAAUGUAUGUAGCCUAAACAUGAAAUAUCGGUCUUAUUUCAUAUUUCUCAAGCAAAAACCACUAUACUUUAUGCUCUUCUCAAUAUACGCACAGAAUAUAACCAUAGUAUAAAGAAGAAAAAAUUCAUUAAGCUUUCAUGUACAAAGGGUGCUAUAAAAUUUAGUACUUCAGCUGUAUUUUACAGUUGUAUAAGAAUGUAUAAACCCAAAACAUUAAACCAGAAUAUGAUCUUU